UAUACUCGUUUCCUUGUGGAUUUCAUAUGGCAGAGCGCUGUUGUUCCUGGCACCAAGCACGGUUAUUAUUCAUGUUACACCCUUCAGGUGGGUGGUGAUGGGGUUUUCAUUGCGCUGCAGUGGUCAUUCGGUCACUGGCCAGUCAUAGUUUCUGAAGCCUCUAAUUUAUGAAGAGAUUAUUAUAGUGCAAUACGUGUUUCUUUCUCCGUGGUUUGUGCAAGUCAUCUAUGCUGCGGCGUGUGUUUACAGUUGUCUUUGUGGUUACCUGCUCCUGACUUGUGAUUCUGCUUUGUUAUGAUUUUCCUUUCCUUGUACGCACUAACUGCAGCGUGUACAGGGAGUGUGUGAGCAUGGCGGUUUUGUUAUAUGGUUGGCUGAGUCGUUUUCGUACGAAUGGUGAAGAGGUUCAUUUCAACCGACGUGGCAAACGAGGCUGCGUACUUACAGACCAGUCAAUCACAAUGGUUCUUUAUUUUUAAUUAAAUUCAGAUAAAGAGGGAGCUGCCCAGCACUUAGGGACGCGCACAUCUGUCCCCGGGAGACGCUGCACGGGACUUUUAGCCUUGCGUCGGGGGUCCCAGGGCGGCGCGGAGAGGUGUAGCGCCUCAUGAUUACCUGGUGUAAGCACGUGCGAGUUUAACGAUUCCGGAACACCUUUCCAUCUCCCGACCACCUGCCUGCGUGAUGUACGACGCUUCCUUCCACGCCUUCCCUCCCUGCCGAUGAUGUGCCAGCCAGCCUGUUUCUUCUUGCAUCCUCUCGUCUGCCUGGGUGAUGCACCGACCCAACCGCGUCAUGCUUAACCAGUUUUCACUUGGUAAUGCAUUAUGUGUUAUUCCAGGUAUGUCUGUCCCCCUCCUCCUGUAGCAUCCACGCGAGCAUCCGACACCCGCGACACCUGAUUGGGCCACAGGUAGCUUCGCCCCGCCCCUCGCCGCCUGUGAGUGGUCAAGAUCCUGAGCGAGGACGCGGCUGCUCACCACAUUGGCUCAUAUUGUUUUCGUACCUGACAUCUGGUCCAGGUGCUAUAAAGCGAGCCACUUGCCUACAGCGGGUCAGUAGCUAAGCAGAGCGCAAGAGAGAUAGACGUGUUAGUGGUGUUCUUCCAUGGAUUGCACGAUGGCCCACGAGACCCUCCGAAACUAUUCCCACUGCCCCCCGAAGAAGAGGCCCCUGGCGUUCUACAGUGCCCAGGCUGACGACCACGAUGAUGAGCAGCCCCAGGACCUGAGCAUCAAGCGGCGCCGCCACGAGGACGACGCCUCCCCUCAGGCUUCCCCCGUCCCUGUCGCUCCUCGCUCACCCUCUCCUCGCCUGGCCGCCGUCCCGCCCAGCCCUCCACGUAUGCCCUCACUGGCUGAGUUUUACUUGAAGCUCUUCCAGUCAACGGCCCUCCAGCAGCAGCAGCAGCAGCACCACCACCAUCACCACCAGCAGCACCAGCAGGCAGAGUGGUGGCCCAGCCCGAUGAUGUGGCCCCUCGUGCCCACUGCCGCCCACCCCGGCCUGGCUGCCCACCCCAGCCUAGCCGCCCAUCCGACCCUUGCCGCCCGUCUGGCGUCGCCACAGCCCUCAGAGGAACGUUUGGCCUCGCCCCGCUCCACGGCUUCCGAGGACUCCGGUGUGGGCGCUGAGUCAAUGAGCGAGGACGAGAUUGACGUGACAAGUGACAGCGAUGCCUGCCGGAGGAGCGGUGCAGAAGUCUCCUCAGGCCGCGAGGCGCGGUACUCGUGCACUGACUGCGGCAAGUCGUACUCCACCUACUCCGGCCUCAGCAAGCACAAACAGUUCCACUGCGCCGCCCUCGGGGCCAAGUCGUUCGCGUGCAAGCACUGCGAGAAGGUGUACACGAGCCUGGGCGCCCUCAAGAUGCACAUCCGCACACACACGCUGCCCUGCAAGUGUCAGCUGUGCGGCAAGGCUUUCUCGCGGCCCUGGCUGCUGCAGGGACACAUCAGGACCCACACGGGGGAGAAGCCCUUCCAGUGCCCUCAGUGUGACCGCUGCUUCGCGGACCGCAGCAACUUGCGGGCCCACCUCCAGACCCACGCUGACGUCAAGAAGUACGCGUGCAGCACCUGCCACAAGACCUUCUCCAGGAUGUCGCUGCUCAACAAGCACACCGAGGCUGCCUGCCCCGCCCGGCCCUCCCAACAGUAGCAGCAGCAGCGUCCUGCGCCAGGGAGGAUAAGUAACCCGGUGGUGGGAGGGGGGGAGUCGUCGGGAACAGUCACCAGUGCCUCUAGUCAGGUGUCGCGCCGCGUACUGGCACCGCUGUGUAGUUAUUGUAAGAUAAGGCGAGAAUAAAGAUUUAUAUUUUAUGUUAACAACU